AUGCCGCCAAAGACAAAAUCGUCCACCGAAAACAUGAAGCAGAAAAGCCUCAUGGGCUGGCUAUCCAAAGGCACAGACGCGACACCGGCAAAAUCGAACGGGUCUAAGCCUGCUUUGAAGGCACCGAACGCGUCGACAUCGAAACCGAAAAAUCCGCGUACUCCAGAGUCGACCAAGCCAGACAUACGCGUAUUGAACUCAUCUGCAUCCGUGUCAUCCUUUGGAGAUAGCAGCAUUAAGGAUACACCACCGACGAGUGACCCCAUUGAUGUGGAUAUGCUUUCUGAGGAAGAAGAUGCCCCGAGGAAAAGGAGCCGUAUUUCCUCCGGUGGAGGAAAACGGAAACUUGCUUACGAAGACGAUUCCGAUGAAGAAACUCGAGCAUCUUCUACAACCGGAGGAAGCCAACCACCAUCGUCACCCCUUCAAAGCAAAAGCCGGGCCAAGAAGCCUCGGCUAUCUGCUCCCCCAUCUGACGACGAAGACGAUCAAGAAGUCGCAGCAUCUUUCUCCAAGCGGUUGACACAUUUCAAGAAAUCACCCAAAAAGAAAGGCUCACGUUCGACGGCGUCCUCGGAUAAUGAUGAUUUCAUUGCUCCCUCCGACUCAGACGACGACGCCAAGUCUGUCAAGUCGCGCAGUUCCGGCUCUUCUCGUCACUCGCUUGGGCCGGAUACUGACUUCGAUGACGAAGAUGAGGACAGUGGGAAGAAAAAGAAGUCGAGACCUGCUCCAAAGAAGGCAUCGUCAUCCAAGAAUGCGUCCAGUGCAGCAUCUGGUGGUACCUCUUUCUUGACAGCGGCAGAACGACGGGAGCAGGACAAGAAGAACGAGAAAAAAUGUGAGAUCUCUCUAUCCCUCGCGAUCCUAUGGCUGACAGACCAUACCGUCUUGCAGAAAGACGGACACAGGCCUGGCGAUCCCAAGUAUGACCCACGGACGCUCUACAUUCCGAACCGCGCCUGGAAAGAAUUCACACCUUUCGAGAAGCAGUUUUGGGAAAUCAAACAAAAUCACUAUGACACAAUAUUGUUCUUUCAAAAAGGAAAAUUCUUUGAGUUGUAUGAGGAUGAUGCUCGUGUUGGUCAUCAAGAAUUUGAUUUGAAACUGACCCAGAGAGUCAAGAUGUCGAUGGUCGGCGUCCCGGAAAUGUCCUUCGAAUUUUGGGCGGCCAAAUUCCUCGGCAAAGGAUACAAAGUCGGUCGCGUAGAUCAGGCUGAAACUGCUCUCGGAGCCGAGAUGCGUUUAGCUACUGACAAAGGCAAGGGUAAACCUAAAGGCAGUGAGAAAGAAAAGAUCGUCCGACGGGAGCUGAACAAAGUUUAUACUAAUGGUACUCUUGUUGAUGCUGCAAUGCUCACCGAUGACCAUGCCGGCCACUGCAUUUCAAUCAGGGAAGUUGAAUCUGAUGGCGGCUCGAAUAAUACUUUCGGCGUUUGUGUCUUGGACUGCGCGACCUCGCAGUUUGAUCUGAGUGUUUUCCAAGACGAUAUCUGUCGCACCAAACUCGAAACCUUGAUGAGGCAGAUUCGCCCCAAAGAGAUGCUGUUCACGAAAGGGCAGUUAUCUGUCUCAACGACGCGACUCCUGAAAGCCGUCCUUCCUGCUGCGUGCUUAUGGACAAGUUUACGCGAAGUCGAAGGUUUUGAUUACGAAGACACUAUGAAAGAAUUGGCGAGUUUGUACCCUGCUGAUGAGGGUGAUAUGGACGAAGACGACGACUGCAUUUUGCCUAAGGCUGUUCCUCAGCCAAUAAGAGACAUGGCCGGUUCGAAGCCUCCGAUCGAAGCACUUGGCGCUAUGAUCUGGUACCUCCGACAACUGAACAUAGACAAGGAUAUACUUAGUAUGAAGAAUUUCAAUGUUUACGAUCCUAUGAAAAGAGGCCAAGGUCUGGUACUUGACGGACAGACAUUGGCACACAUUGAGGUGUUGCUUAAUAAUGAGGGCACAUCGGAAGGGUCUCUUCUCCAGCUAUUGAGUCGCUGCAUCACUCCUUUCGGAAAGAGGCUGUUCCGCAUAUGGCUAUGCAUGCCCCUGCGGGAAGUGUCCGAUAUCAAUGCCAGACUAGAUGCCGUCGAGGACAUUAUGGAUCACCCAACGUUCGAGCAGGAAUUCACCGAGGUUGCCAAGGGGCUCCCUGACUUGGAGCGCAUCGUAUCUCGUAUCCAUGCGAAGAGCUGCAAAGUCAGAGAUUUCUUGAAGGUGCUAGGUGCAUUCAAAAAGCUUAGCCGCGGUUUCAAUAGUCUUGCCGAUACUUCUGAGACGUUCAAGUCGAAGACCAUUCAAGGCCUCCUCCGGAAUGCUCCGGACCUGCUGCAAAAUAUCAAGAACGUAGAGGCUAUGUACAUCAAGCCAUCAGAAAAAGACGCUAACGAGUUGGUUCCGCAAGAAGGUAAAGAUGAAGCGUACGAUACGAUUAUGUCCGAGAUCGCAGAGCUCGAAGAGGAACUUGACGGAGAACUCAAGCGAUUCGAGAAGAAAAUUGGGUGCAAGUUAAACUGGUGGCAUAGCGCUAUCGGGAACAAGGAAAUCUAUCUUGUGGAAACAAGUGCUGGUCAAAAGGACAUUCCCAAGGAUUGGACAAAGAACGGCGGUACCAAAGCCAAGACUCGAUGGCAGGUCAGCAGCCUACAAAAAUCUGUUCGCGCCCUGAAAGAAGCGCGAGAAACCCGUAACACGAUCAUGAAAGCAUUCAAGAAUCGUGUUUUCGAAGAAUUUGAUUCUGAUCGCGGUGUCUGGUUGCGGGCGAUCCGUGUGUUUGCUGAACUGGAUUGCCUGUUCAGUUUGGCCAAGUCAUCAAGCGUGUUGGGUGAGCCUGUGUGUAGGCCAGAACUCGUGGAGGGUGAUUCGGCAUUUGUGGACUUCAAGGAUUUGAGGCACCCGACACUGGCGAUUAGUGCCAAUAUGAAGAGCUUCAUUCCGAACGAUGUCAAGCUUGGGGGUGAGGCCGGUAGGAUCGCGUUGCUUACAGGACCGAACAUGGCUGGAAAAUCCACGGUUAUGCGCAUGACAGCCACCGGCAUAAUCAUGGCACAACUUGGGAUGCUCGUUCCCGCGGCAAAAGCUCGGAUCUGUCCGGUGGAUGCGAUCCUGACGAGAAUGGGUGCUUACGACAAUAUGUUUUCCAAUGCGAGUACUUUCAAGGUUGAACUUGAUGAAUGCUGCAAAAUUCUUCGCGAUGCUACUCCCAAAUCAUUUGUCAUCCUAGAUGAACUGGGACGAGGAACAUCUACAUAUGAUGGCAUGGCUAUUGCAUCGGCCGUUUUACACGAGCUCGCGACGCACACCCUCCCUCUUUCUUUCUUUGCUACUCAUUAUGGUUCUCUGACGGACGAUUUCCGGUACCAUCCUAACAUUCGAAACAUGUAUAUGUCAACUAUCGUGGAUGAGGAAAAGCGUGAUAUUGUCUUCCUGUACAAACUGAUAGACGGCGUGGCUACAUCAUCUUUCGGAACGCAUGUUGCAAACCUUGCUGGCGUGCCUUUGGAUGUUGUUGAGCGCGCGGACCUUGUGUCCAAGAAGUUUGCUCAGCAGUUCAAAGAACGGAUCGAGGCGAAGCAGUCUCAACGAGCUACGUCUCGUUUGCCCCUGGUGGCUCAAGCUGAUUUCGCGUAUCUGUACGGCUUGGCCACGGGUAAGAUCGAACUGCCUCAGGACCCGGUGAAGCAGAAGCUGAUGCUAGCCCUGCUGAAGAAGACCGUCCGAAACUAUACCAAAAAUUGAUGAAUGCUGUCCCAUUGCUAGUGCUUCGAUUGCUAUCCUUGCUUUCAUACAUGUACAAUAUUCAUAUGCUUUUAGAUAACUGUGUGUCAUCCGGACAUUUGAGUUGACCAAUAAUACUACUUGUAUUCAGCGUCGGCUACGGUGGGAAUCUUCGAUCAAGACAAGUGAAUUCGUG